AUGGAGCGGUUUCCAGCACGAAAUACAUCCGAACAUAAAGCUCUUAAAGAGCAUCUUUUUGAGUUCUAUGCAAGAUAUUCAGAAGAUCCUCUAUUUAUCCCAUCCUAUUUGAUGGAUACAGCAUUUGCUCAGCUCUUGCAGAAACAGUAUCACAUUUACACCUCAGCUAGAGACCUUGUCGAUCUGCCAGAGAGUACAGUAUCCAAAACGAAUAAUAUAUGGAAGCCUGUCUGUGGACGGAACAGCAACGGAAAGUACGAUGAACAAACCACCACAAAAGCCGAACAAGGCAAAAAAGAUCGAUAUGCACCCUCCCACUCACAAUAUGAGGCACUGAAAAAGUUUGUUUUAGAUAAUCCCAGCACAAUCGCUCUCAUUAAACAAGACUUCCGUCUGCCUACUGGAUGGUGGCGAGAAGUCAAAAACAAAAACUUGGAUAUCAGCUUGAAUGGCUUGGAAAUUUAUUGCAGAGGUAACGGUAAAGAUGAUACCGAAAUUGGAACAGUGCGAGGCAACCGUGCUAUUAAAAGACAAUGUGGAAUAUAUUAUUUUGAAAUCGAGGUCUUGUCAAAAUCGAUUGACAAUGAUAUAGCGAUUGGCUUCUCUAAGCAAGCUUAUAACUUCGAUAGAUUCCCAGGUUGGGAACCCGACUCUUGGGGAUAUCAUGGAGAGGACGGCAAGCUAUAUGCUGGACAAGGUCUCGGAAUAAGUUAUGGCCCGAAGUGGGGAUCAGGGGAUAUCAUUGGAUGUGGUGUGGAUUAUAGAAACAAGUCAUUGUUUUAUACUAAAAAUGGACGUUAUCUAGGAAAAGCAUUUCAAAAGAUAAAGAAUGUUGAUCUAUACCCUAUUGUUGGAAUGAGGACAGCGGAGCGAAUCGAGGCAAAUUUCGGACAUAAACCUUUCAAAUUUGAUAUUAAAGAAUACGUUGCGAACGGAAAGACAGAGCUUUUACACAAAAUUAUGUACCCUGAAUCCUCUACAACUGUAUUUACAGCAGAUAUCAAGAGUAGCUUUGAUUUCAAAAAUAUGACAGACGAAAUUGUGAUGGAAUAUCUAAGUCAUAGUGGGUACGAUGAAACGGCUCGCUUAUUGGGAAGAUUGAUCAAUACCAAGCAAGAAGUCGACCAAAUCUCCAAGCAUAAAGGUAACAUGAAAUGA